GCCGAGAGUAAAGUAAUCGGCGCGAGAUCAGCUCCCGCAGGCAUGGCUCGUCAGACCGUAAUCGCGUGGGUUGUAACGUCGCUGCUCGCGUGCUCCAACUGCGCCUCCAGCAGCCGGUCGUUCACCGUCGACUAUGCGAACAACCAGUUCCUCAAGGACGGCCAACCCUUCCGGUAUAUUUCCGGUUCCCUCCACUACUUCCGGGUUCCUAAGGCAUACUGGCAAGACCGCAUGGAAAAGAUGAGGCUAGCUGGCCUCAACGCGCUUCAGACAUACGUGGAAUGGAGCGGCCACGAACCGGAACCCGGAAAGUUCAACUUCGAGGGCGACUACGACCUGAAGGCCUUCCUGGACACCGCGAAGAAAGUCGGCUUGCUCGUGAUCUUCCGACCUGGCCCUUACAUAUGCGCCGAAAGGGACAACGGUGGCUUGCCGUACUGGCUCCUGAGGUUGAACCCCAACAUGAAGUACAGGUCAUCGGACCCUUCCUACCUCUCUCGCGUGGACAAGUUCUUCGGCGUGCUGCUGCCGAUGAUCGAGCCGUACCUCUACAAGAACGGCGGUCCCAUCAUCACGGUGCAGGUGGAAAACGAGUACGGCCAGUACACCAACUGCGACAAGCAGUACAUGAGACACCUAGUCAACAUUACCCAAAGCUACCUCGGUCAAGACGUCGUUUUGUUUAGGACCGACGCUCCAGGCGACGCCGCCUACAGGUGCGACAGCGUCGAAGGACCGCUAGUGACCGCCGAUUUCGGUGCGAACGUCAACGUAGACGCCAUGUUCGCUGCCGUAAGGAGAGCCAUGAAACAAGGCCCGCUUGUGGUGACGGAGUAUUACCCCGGAUGGCUGGACCACUGGGGCCAGCGUCACGCCAAGGUAGACCAGAAGCUCGUCAUGAAGACCUUCGAGAAGAUACUACAGCGAAACGCGUCGGUCAACUUUUACAUGUUUCACGGUGGGACAAACUUCGGAUUCAUGAACGGCGCCAAUCCGCCAGCGCAGCCUACCAGCUACGACUACGGAGCGCCCCUGACCGAAGCCGGCGAUCCUAACGACACCUACUUCAAGAUAAGGGAAGUUGUCGGUCGCUACUUGCCGCUUCCUAACGGAACGCUGCCCGUCCCGGCAUCCAAGUUGAAGAUCGGCGCCGUGGAGCUGCACUCUUGCGCGACGCUCGAUGAUAUCCGCAGUUUCUUACGGGUUAAGGGUUACGUCACCGCUGUGACGUCUAACCGACCACUGUCGUUCGAGGAGCUAGGUCACGCUUACGGUUAUGUGGUGUACACGACGCGGGUGUCGUUUCGACCAUCGAGUCCGGCUAACUUGGGUGUCCCGGGCAUCAAAAACAGGGGAUAUGUGUUCACCGCACAGACUCGGGCAGUUGUGAGCACUGAUCAACUCGUGUACAGCGUGCCUGUGGUGGUUCAGGGCGGCCAGAACAUCACCAUCCUGGUUGAAAACACAGGCAGGAUCAAUUACGGAGCUGGGAAUCGCGACGUGAAGGGAAUCAUCGAAAACGUCACGCUAGACAAUCACCUCCUCUCUGGCUGGACCAUGGAACCACUGCCUUUGGACAAGUCUGAUGUUUUGACAGAGUUGGUAGAGGCCUUUGCUACGUCGAACGCCGAGCCACAGUGCUCGGCCCCUGGCGCGUUCUUCGGGACGUUCGUGCUGCCCGAAGGUCAGAAGACGUUGGACACCUUCCUAGACCCGACGGGUUGGGGAAAAGGCGUGGCCUUCGUGAACGGCUUCAAUCUGGGACGAUACUGGCCUAGCAUCGGGCCACAGGUGACCCUGUACGUUCCGGGUGUGCUGCUCCUUCCCCAUCCGGAGAAAAACACCAUAUUGCUCUUCGAGACAGAGUCUACGCCUGAAGGCAACAGGACCGUCAGUUUCGUCGACGUGCCAAACAUCGACGGCCCCGUACCUGGUGACACUGACAAUUUCAGAGGCUAGCAUUUCACGUGCGGCAAUCUGAACGUGCGCGCACGGAUGGACAGCGAAAUGUCUGUAAUGAUACCUGCCAAAUCUUGUGCCCGCGUGCUUGAACUACAAAUGCCAAACGAUCAUGAACAAUUUCACAAGCGGGUUUGAAAUAAACCUAGUCUUCAUUCAAACGUUUGGUAGUCACAACAGCGCGCAGUUGGUCUCACGGCCGUCCAACAAUCUUUACCGAGAUCCAGAAUUUCUUAGCCUCAACGAUCGCUAAUCAUUUGUAAACAACACAAACCAAAGGAAUAUCGAGUGGACUCCUUGAUUUCGGGCGCCAUCUUGGAAAACGCUUAUUCGUUUUACCCAAAAUGUGGGCUUGGCAUUGACAGAAUAAACUUUCUUGAAGCCUUAGAUGCCCCACCAAACGCGAGAAGUGACCGUCGGAGGCAUCGGCUUCACCUACUCCACGGAUCGAUGAAGGAAUUAAAGUUUGU